GGGCCGGUUCGCGCAUCAGCGGUGGGAUGCCCCCUCGCUGACCGGACCCGCGCCGUCCCGCGUAGAUGCUCCCGGCCCGACCCCGCGCCAUCAUGUAAACGGCGUGCGCAGGCGGACGCUGGCUUCUCCGCCCGGGACCCCUCCGCCCUGCCCCGGGCCCGGAGCCCUCGAUGAGGACACACCAUGCUGACCGGGGUGACCGAGGGGAUCUUCUGCUGCCUGCUGGGUGCACCACCCAACGCAGUGGGGCCACUGGAGAGCGUUGAGUCCAGCGAUGGCUAUACCUUUGUGGAGGUCAAGCCUGGCCGUGUGCUGAGGGUGAAGCACGCUGGACCCGCUCCAGCCCCCACCCCACCUCCACCACCACUGCCUGAUGCAGCCCAUGGGGACCGGUCCGGCUUGGUCCGCUGCCAGCGCCGAAUUACCGUGUACCGAAACGGGCGGUUACUGGUAGAGAACCUGGGCCCUGCACCACGAGCUGACCUCUUGCAUGGGCAGAAUGGCUCCGGGGAGCCGCCGGCCUCUCUAGAGGUGGAGCUGGCAGAUCCAGCUGGCAGCGAUGGCCGUUCAGGCCCAGUCAGCACCGGGAGUAGCAGUGGAGGGCGACGGCGUCGAGCCCGCCGCCCCAAGCGGACCAUCCACAUUGACUGUGAGAAGCGUAUCACCAGUUGCAAGGGCACCCAGGCUGAUGUGGUGCUCUUUUUCAUCCAUGGUGUUGGUGGCUCCCUGGCCAUCUGGAAGGAGCAGCUGGACUUCUUUGUGCGCCUGGGCUAUGAGGUGGUGGCUCCAGAUCUAGCUGGUCAUGGAGCCAGCUCCGCGCCCCAGGUGGCUGCAGCCUAUACCUUCUAUGCGCUGGCGGAGGACAUGCGGGCCAUCUUCAAGCGCUAUGCCAAGAAGCGAAAUGUGCUCAUUGGGCAUUCCUACGGUGUCUCUUUCUGCACGUUCCUGGCACAUGAGUACCCAGACCUGGUGCACAAGGUGAUCAUGAUCAACGGUGGGGGCCCCACGGCACUGGAGCCCAGCUUCUGCUCCAUCUUCAACAUGCCCACGUGUGUCCUGCACUGCCUGUCACCCUGCCUGGCUUGGAGCUUCCUCAAGGCUGGCUUUGCCCGCCAAGGGGCCAAAGAGAAGCAGCUACUGAAGGAGGGUAAUGCAUUCAAUGUGUCAUCCUUUGUGCUGCGGGCCAUGAUGAGUGGCCAGUACUGGCCUGAGGGCGACGAGGUCUACCAUGCUGAGCUUACUGUGCCUGUCCUGCUCGUCCAUGGCAUGCAUGACAAGUUUGUGCCAGUGGAAGAAGACCAGCGCAUGGCUGAGAUACUGCUCCUGGCCUUCCUGAAACUCAUCGACGAAGGCAGUCACAUGGUGAUGCUAGAGUGUCCAGAGACGGUCAACACGUUGCUCCACGAAUUUCUGCUCUGGGAGCCUGAGCCCCCACCCAACGCCCUGCCUGCGCCCUUGGAGGAGAAGUAGCUGCCGGGUCAGCAGGGUAUCUAGGAGGAGCAGGAGGCCCAGAGCCAGCACGUGGUCUGCACCAGGAACACCUGGGCAGGCCGUUUGCUCUGGUGGGCAGGUCAGGCCUGGGAGACACCCCCAGGCUGGCUGGGCUGGGCGUGGCAUUCAAGGGAGCCAGGUAGACACUCCGCAAUCAGCUUGUGUCCUAUGGGGCCCAUCCAGACUGUAGCAGGGACCCCCACGGAGUAUGACCUUGUACAAAAGCCUCCUCCCUGCUAUGGCCAUGGCCAUGGCCGAGGCGGCACCCAUCCCACUCUGUCUUACGUGUCAGCCAUGCUUAAUCCAGGGGCCCUUGGGGCCGCUGCCCCGUUGCCCAAGACCCCUCCACCCCUGUUCCCUGG